AUGAGCGCUUCCCCCUUGAGGCCAAUGAACAGCUUCAUGCUUCUCAGCUGUCAGGUCCACUUCUGGGUCAUGAGCCUUCACUAUAUCCAGCCUUUCCGUUACCCAUCGCUCCAGUGUCCGAUGGAAACAAUGGCAAGGAAAUUGGAAGCCCGAGACCAAGAUCAAAUCCACAGUGGCCGACCAGCCAAUAUGUUCCACAACCAGAUCAACAGCGGCAUGCGCUUCUACGUCGCAGAAGCAGCAAGUCCCGUGUUCAUACCGCCAAACGCAAACCCAGCCCAUCCACUGGAACGCUGGAAGGAAUCGCCACCCGAAGGUGAAGCUGCCAGUUUAUCAGCAAUUCGAAACGCACUUCAGAAUCCAUCCAUUUAUUCAACUGGGUAUAAGGAACAGCAAGACCAUGACAGUUGGUAUAGCACAUCCAAUCCAGGCGUCGCCGAGCAAUUUCGAAAUUGUCGCGCCACCACCUCUCGACCUGCUUCAAUAACGAGCGCAGAAACUGCUGCCAGCGCCUCAUCCAGGAGAUCUGAUAAGUCUGGUGUCUCUAGCAGCAGUCGAUCUCAACAUCAAUCAACGGCUGGAGUCAAAAGGCACAAGGCAAGAGAGGGCAAAAAGAAGCGCACGACUUCAGCCCCGGCUCCUCGGAUCUUUUGUUGCACAUUUUGUUGCGACAAAUUCAAAAGCAAAUACGACUGGAUGCGACAUGAGAAAUCCCUGCACCUGAAUCUAGAGACAUGGAUUUGUGCACCACAUGGAGGAUGCAUGAUACUUCAAUCGACUGGUCGCGUCCACUGUGCCUAUUGCAACCAGCUCGAUCCCUCGGCCGAUCACCUCGAGCAACAUGACUACUCGGCUUGCAAGCGUCAAAAUCGUAUAUUCAAACGAAAGGACCACCUUAUACAGCAUCUGCGUCUUGCCCACCGCUUGGAAACAAUGCCGUUGAUCGAUGAUUGGAAACGCGUUAUUACUGACUUUCCUUCUCGUUGUGGUUUUUGUAGCGGCCGAAUGUCUACUUGGAAUGAACGAGCCGACCAUUUGACAUUCCACUUCCGGGAAGGUCGCAAUAUGGCCCACUGGAAAGGGGAUCACGAGUUCCCCCCGGAGAUCGCGGCUCAAGUUACCCAUAGCGUACCGCCAUACCUUUUGGACUUUGAAGCUCGAUCUUUCGUGCCUUUCUCUGCCACUAAUCGAGCUGUGACGGAUCACCUUUCUCAAAUGAUGACCCGCGCCACAUUCUCUGAGGCUGAGGAUAGUCAGCAUGUCUCCCCCGAGGUUGCUGAGGUUGAUCCUGAGCUUGUUCAGGAACCAGGAUCCCAAUUAGAUUCCUAUACCGAGGUGCUUACUCGUCACUUGAGCCACUAUGCACAGCAGAAUAUGAGGCUUGGUGUCAUUCCUUCCGAUGAGAUGUUUCAGCUGGAAGCAAGACGUCUUCUUUUCGAUUCCGAGGAUUCGUGGAACCAGACUAUGGCGGAUAACCCCGAGUGGCUGGCAAAAUUCCGAAACUCCCGAUACAAUGAUAGCCUGCCUCAUACUCCGGAUGAGUUUGUGAACGACUUCCUCCUUGAUCAUUGA